AUGACGUCCUCUCUGCCUCCACUUAUACAAGCCUGUUCCGGAGCUCUCGCCAGCGCAUCUGCCAAUGCCAUAUCAUACCCGCUAGACCUGGUGGCGACAAAGGUGCAAACCACAACAGACCUGCAAGGCGCACUUAGGAUCCUGAAGCACAUCCUGCGCACCAGAGGCGUCAGUGGCUUAUAUGAGGGCCUCGCAACAGAUACCGCGUCUACCGUUCUAUCGAACUUUCUUUACUUCUAUUUUGAUACAGUCUUGCAUGCGCUUGCUACCCGACGUCACGCACGACACAACACCCCAGUAAUUGCGGCGUUGCGGCAAGCACUGACGGCCCCGACUCGCUCAGUCCUAUUAAGCGUGCCCACCGAGAUCGUCAUCGGUUUCCUAGCCGGCGUCGCAAGCCGUGCAAUCUCAACUCCCCUGUCCGUUCUCACCGUGCAACUACAGACCAGCAAUAACGAGGAUGCACAACUCGAAGAGCGUGAGGUACAACUAGCGCACUCUGAUACAGUCCAGGAGAAGGCGACAAGAAAGGCUGGACGUCUUGUGGAACUUGCGAAGGAGAUAUACGCAGAACAUGGCCUUCCUGGGUUCUGGGCGGGAUUUGCGCCGACGCUCCCGCUUGCGCUCACUCCCGCUCUCACGCUGCUCUUCUACCAGCUCCUCCGCCGCAUCCGUCUUCCUGUCCUGUCUUCGCCCGCGUGCGCAGCUCUGCGCGCAUUCAUGGACGGAGCAUGUGCUAACGCGCUUGCGCUUGCCUUGCUCUACCCGCUCGUUCUUGCGAAGGUGCGCGUCCAGGCGCGGCGCAGACCAACGGCGGAGGGCGGGGCACCGACGAUGGCAAGCGUAUGGCGCGCGGCGCUGUCUGAGCGCGGCUGGAGCGGGCUGUACGAUGGCCUCGGCGCACAGCUCAUGAAGGGAUUCGUGAGCCAGGGCGUGACGAUGAUGGCGAAGCAGCGGUGA